AAAAAAUAAAAAAUAAACAUCCAAAUCCAAUUCAACAUCUAAUUUUCCAUGAUUCAUCAAAUUAUCAAAAACCAGAGGAUUAAAACUUCCGCCGAUCCAGACCGUCGUUGCCGGCGGUCCAUUUCUCCAAUCUCCGGUCACUCGUAUCACACAUACCGCUAAUAAGAUCUUUUACGUUUCUCAUCAGAUUAGCCACAAAAUAACGAGAUCCAACGGUUAACAUGAUCACAAUUCCGUAUUUGACCGCGCUGACAACUUAUUUCAGCUAUGGUUUGCUCUUUGCGUUUGGUCAGUUGCGUGAUUUCUUCCGUAAAUUCAUUGAUUGGUGGAAAGCGAGUAAUCUUCAGGGUUAUGCUCCGAUCUGCUUAGGGCUUGAAGAUUUUUAUAUACGCCGUCUCUAUCUACGUAUACAGGAUUGUUUUGGACGGCCAAUAGCAAGCCCUCCUGAUGCUUGGUUUGAUGUGGUGGAGCGUGUUUCUAAUGACAAUAACAAGACUCUCCAACGGACUACUAAAAUAAGUAGGUGCCUUAACUUAGGAUCAUACAACUACCUUGGCUUUGCUGCAGCAGAUGAAUACUGCACACCUCGUGUAACUGAAACUUUGCAGAGAUACUCUGCAAGCACAUGCAGUACUCGUAUGGAAGGAGGCACUACUGCAUUGCAUGUUGAAUUGGAGCAAGUUGUAGCUGAUUUUGUCGGAAAACCAGCAGCUAUGGUUACUGGCAUGGGCUAUGUCACCAACUCCGCUAUCCUUCCUGUAUUAGUAAAACAUGGUGGGUUGAUAAUCAGUGAUUCAUUGAACCAUAACUCUAUUGUCAAUGGUGCUCGUGGGUCCGGUGCAACCAUUCGAGUCUUCCAACAUAACACUCCUUCUCAUUUGGAACGAGUCUUAAGAGAGCAAAUUGCUGAAGGUCAACCGAGAACACAUAGACCGUGGAAGAAGAUUAUCGUUGUGGUUGAGGGGAUUUACAGCAUGGAAGGAGAGCUUUGUAAACUUCCUGAGAUCGUCUCUAUAUGCAAAAAAUACAAGGCAUACGUUUAUUUGGAUGAGGCUCACAGUAUAGGUGCAGUUGGGAAAACAGGAAGAGGUGUAUGUGAGCUUUUAGGUGUGGAUACUGCUGAUGUGGAUAUUAUGAUGGGAACAUUUACAAAAUCGUUUGGAUCAUGUGGUGGCUAUAUAGCAGGAUCCAAGGAACUUAUUCAGUAUUUGAAGUAUACGUGUCCAGCUCAUCUAUAUGCCACAUCAAUAUCGCCUCCUGCUGCGCAGCAGAUUAUAUCUGCCAUAAAAGUUAUUCUUGGAGAGGACGGCUCUAGUCGAGGGGCUCAGAAACUUGCUCAAAUACGUGAAAACAGCAAUUACUUUAGGUCAGAGCUGCAGAAAAUGGGGUUUGAGGUUCUAGGCGAUAACGAUUCUCCUGUUAUGCCCAUUAUGCUUUACAAUCCCGCAAAAAUUCCAGCUUUUUCAAGGGAAUGUCUCAAGCAAAAUGUUGCUGUGGUGACAGUCGCAUUUCCGGCUACGCCUUUAUUGUUGGCUAGAGCACGUAUCUGCAUUUCUGCUGCCCAUUCAAGGGAAGACAUGGUCAAAGCUUUAGAGGUUAUAAGCAGAGUCGGGGACUUGGUGGGCAUAAAAUACUUUCCUGCUGAACCAAAGAAGCAUGAACUGGUGGAAGGCAGAGAAAAAGUGGAGUAAAAGAAAACCAGUUAUCGGUUGCUUAGAAGCGUUAAAAGCGUUUGAAGCAUCAGAGCCCCAAAGAGUUGUUUGUGUUGACCUGGUGUGUUUUCUUUUUAAAGUUUUGUACAGAUGCAGGGUGGGUCAACCGUCAUACGGGUCAAUGCUUAGUGUUGUAAAAUCAAGAACUUGUUAUUGAAGCAUUGUGGUUCUUGUCAUAUGAUUUUGGAACUUUUUGUUGGUUUUCAUAAGACUAGGUAAACGUUUAUACAUUUUCUCACAUUUCUUUAUAUUUUAAUUUAUCAUAUUUGCUUAAA